GGUGUGGGGUGGGGAGACGAGGCGGGCCCGGCCGGGCCAGGGGGGGCCGAAGCGAGCUCCGGGGAUGAGCUCGGGGGCGGCUGGGUGCGAGCUCCUGCCUCUGAGGCGAAGGCGGCGGCGGCGGCAGCAGAGGCGGCGGCGAGGCCCCCAUGGGCCGGCGGCGGGCCUCAGCCGCGGCCUCCACUUCUCCGCACGCCGGCGGGAUGGCGCCCGGGCCCCGGAGGAGCCGCGCUAGCGGAGGCCUGCUGCCGCGCUGCUGAGGCGAGCCCGCCAAACUCCCCUCCCCCUCCUCCGUCCUCGACCCCCCGCACCUCGCCCCUUCCCCACCCCCCUCCUCCGUCUCGGUCCCCGGCGCUGCUCCGGACCACUAUGACCAUGAGAUCCGCAGUGUUCAAGGCGGCCGCGGCCCCUGCCGGCGGCAACCCUGAGCAGCGACUGGACUACGAGCGGGCUGCGGCGCUGGGCGGGCCCGAGGACGAGCCCGGGGCGGCCGAAGCCCACUUCCUCCCCCGGCACCGUAAGCUCAAGGAGCCGGGGCCCCCGCUGGCCUCCUCCCAGGGCGGGAGCCCCGCGCCCUCCCCGGCCGGCUGCGGCGGCAAGGGCCGGGGCUUGUUACUGCCGGCCGGGGCGGCCCCUGGGCAGCAGGAAGAGAGCUGGGGCGGUUCGGUGCCCUUGCCCUGUCCGCCCCCGGCCACCAAACAAGCCGGCAUUGGGGGGGAGCCAGCCGCUGCCGGAGCAGGCUGCAGCCCCCGGCCCAAGUAUCAGGCGGUGCUGCCCAUUCAGACGGGCUCUCUCGUGGCGGCGGCCAAAGAGCCUACGCCCUGGGCUGGGGACAAGGGUGGGGCGGCUCCUCCAGCUGCCACCGCCUCGGACCCGGCGGGACCCCCACCACUACCUCUGCCCGGGCCGCCACCCCUCGCACCCACCGCCACCGCCGGGACCCUGGCGGCUAGCGAGGGCAGAUGGAAGAGCAUGAGGAAGAGCCCUCUCGGGGGUGGCGGCGGCUCGGGAGCUUCCAGUCAGGCCGCCUGCCUCAAACAGAUCCUUCUCCUGCAAUUGGACCUCAUCGAACAGCAGCAGCAGCAGCUGCAGGCCAAGGAAAAGGAGAUCGAGGAGCUGAAGUCCGAGAGAGACACGCUCCUUGCUCGGAUUGAACGUAUGGAAAGGCGGAUGCAGCUGGUAAAGAAGGAUAACGAGAAGGAAAGGCACAAGCUGUUUCAGGGCUAUGAAACUGAAGAGAGAGAGGAAACAGAGCUAUCUGAGAAAAUUAAACUGGAUUGCCAGCCGGAGCUUUCCGAGACAUCCCAGACUCUGCCUCCCAAGCCUUUCUCGUGUGGGCGGAGUGGAAAGGGACACAAAAGGAAAUCCCCAUUUGGAAGUACAGAAAGAAAGACUCCUGUUAAAAAGCUGGCUCCUGAAUUUUCAAAAGUCAAAACAAAAACUCCUAAGCACUCUCCCAUUAAAGAGGAACCCUGUGGUUCCUUAUCAGAAACUGUUUGUAAACGUGAAUUGAGGAGCCAAGAAACCCCAGAAAAGCCCCGGUCUUCAGUGGACACCCCACCAAGACUCUCCACUCCCCAAAAGGGACCCAGCGCCCAUCCCAAGGAGAAAGCCUUCUCAAGUGAGAUAGAAGAUUUGCCGUACCUUUCCACCACAGAAAUGUAUUUGUGUCGUUGGCACCAGCCUCCCCCAUCACCGUUACCAUUACGGGAAUCCUCUCCAAAGAAGGAGGAGACUGUAGCAAGGUGUCUGAUGCCAUCAAGUGUUGCAGGAGAAACUUCAGUCUUGGCUGUUCCUUCUUGGAGGGACCACUCAGUAGAGCCUCUAAGGGACCCAAAUCCUUCAGACCUUUUGGAGAACCUGGAUGACAGUGUAUUUUCAAAGCGGCAUGCAAAACUGGAGUUGGACGAGAAGAGGAGGAAAAGAUGGGAUAUUCAGAGGAUCAGGGAACAAAGAAUUUUACAGCGACUACAGCUCAGAAUGUAUAAAAAGAAAGGAAUUCAGGAAUCUGAGCCUGAGGUUACCUCAUUUUUCCCUGAGCCAGAUGAUGUUGAAAGUUUGAUGAUUACCCCCUUCUUGCCUGUUGUAGCAUUUGGACGACCAUUACCAAAAUUAACUCCACAGAAUUUUGAGCUGCCCUGGUUGGAUGAGCGUAGCCGAUGCAGGUUGGAGAUCCAGAAGAAGCAAACACCUCACCGGACGUGUAGGAAAUAGCUGUGCUGGCAAGAAUGAACCCUGUCUUCAGAUAGUUGUAGCAUGCCAUUCCCAGAGAGUGGCAGAGACCUGUAUAUGUGACCUGUGUCCUCAUGUAUGUUAUCAUUCGCUGGUAAUGCCCUCCCAUACUCCCUUGAGUUUGGUUUUGUUCUCAUCACUCUGAUUCCACUAAAACUUUCAUUGGGCUAAUUGUGAAUUAUGGAAGGUGAUUGGGAUUUCUUUUCCCUUUUUGGGAAAGUAAACUCUCAAGUUAAAUCUAUAUUGUGGCAGAUUUGGAAGUUUCAGGGGUCUGCUUCUUUACAUUUGCCUAUGUUAAAGCGGUAAAAAGGCCGUCUUCAGUAGAUAUGUGGAAGGUGAAUCAACCCCUUCCGCUGGCGCAUGCCUACUUGGCACUCUUCUCAACUUGGUAUACCCACCUCAUAGUCAGGGUAUAGUGGUUUUUACCCUGAAAUAAAACAAAAAGUCUCACCAUGAGCUUUAGGACCAGAUCAGGAAGAACAGCUGAAGUGAUGAAGCAAGUCAUCUCCAGAGAGUGGCAAGGAGAUUAUUGACAGUUGGUAGAUAAAUAUCUGAAAAGCUAGCUUUCCUCGGACACUGUUCUCUGAUAUACCCAUGUGGGAAGGGAUGUUUCUGAUUAUUUUUUUAGUUAAUGGGUAACUGAAGUACUUUCCCCACCCUUCAGAAAAUAAAAUCUUUAGAAAAUAGAAUGGGAAUGGUUAGUUCCAGAAGAGUUACGGUUCUAAACAAAAGCAGUUGGCAUUUGGGAAUGGCGUACCAGAACCUGUAUAGAUGUCCUUGUGUCACAUCACCUCUCAAGUAUGCCUUAAUUGGACUUUAUCGUUUUUACAGCUCUGGAUGGUGAGGUCGAGAUUUAGGGAGGGGGAGGAAAUAUUAGCCCUUUGGCUGGCAAAUGUCUAUAUCUUGAAACAGAUAUACCUAAUGAGCUUCUCCGUUCACUUUGUAAAAAUAGAUUUGUAUGUGUACCAUCUUGAUCCCCCCCUUCCCUGCCCCCAUUUUGUUUAAAAAAAAAAAAAAAAAAGAAAGAAAGAAA